ACUCCGGGCACCGCACGACGAGGAGGAGGACAGCAGGAGGACAGCAGGAGGAGGACAGCAGUCCGAGGCAUGCUGUACGGAUCACCAUGGGAGACUCGAACCACCGGCCUCUGUCCGCGGAGGACCACACCAUCACCGUGGUGUUCCACAAAGUAGACCGCGGCCCGGGCACCGAGGGCGGCCAGGGGGACGGCGAUGAGCGGGCGGAAGAGCGGGUCCACCUCCGGGGCAACAGUCGCCUGUCGUCCGGCUACGAAGACGAGGAUGAGGAGGAUGAGGAUGAAGAGGAGGAGGAGACCCGGGUCGUGGAGUCCCUGGAAGCCGGCGUGAAGACGACCCUGUGCCCGCCGUCAUGUUGUCUCCGGGGGGAGACCGCAUCCCGAGGAGGAGGAAGCGUCCCGGACGGUGCAGAGGAACCAAAGGGCUGUCAAAGUCUGGGAUUGUUCUAUGCUUUCCUGUCAACAGUUUUCUUCUCCACCAUCGCUCUCCUGGUGAAAAGCAUCCAGGGAAUCCACGCCAUAGAAAUCAGUGCCAUACGCUGCUUCUUCCAGAUGCUCUUUGUAAUGCCUUUACUCAUCUACCACAAGACAGGUUUCCUUGGUCCCAGGGAUAAACGUAUAUAUCUGGUGCUUCGGGGUUUCAUCGGCUCCAAUGCCAUGAUCCUGCUCUUCUAUGCCAUUCAGCAGAUGCCACUGGCCGACGCCACUGUCAUCAUGUUCAGUAAUCCAGUCUUUACCUCGCUCCUGGCUUGGAUCUUCCUAAAGGAGAAAUGUACAAUCUGGGACUGUGUCUUCACUGUUUUCACCCUCACUGGUGUCCUCCUUAUCGCCCGACCACCAUUCCUCUUUGGCCAGCAAGUGCGUGGCAUUGAAGGCGACUACGUUAACCACGUCAAGGGGACUAUUGCCGCCUUUGCAGGAGCGAUCGGGGCUGCUUUUACAUUUGUUAUUCUUCGCAAAAUGGGGAAGAGCGUCCACUACUACCUCUCUGUUUGGUACUAUGCUGUCAUCGGUCUCAUCGAGUGCCUCAUCACUGUAACCGUCCUCGGGGAAUGGAAGUACCCGUACUGUGGCCGCGAUCGCUGGAUCCUGAUGCUGAUAGCUGUCCUGGGCAUUGCUGGUCAGACCUUCCUGACGAAGGCCCUGCAGAUCGAGAAGGCCGCACCCGUGGCCCUGAUGAGGACCUUGGACGUGGUGCUGGCGUUCAUCUUCCAGUUCAUUUUCUUUAACCGCGCACCGACCCUGUGGAGCCUCGGAGGGGCGCUGUGCGUGGUGGCGAGCACGAGUGGAAUCGCUGUCAAGAAGUGGUACAGCAACUCUCGCAAGAGCUGAGCUAGAGGAGCGACAUGGAAUCAUCUAGUAUUACUAUUUAUUCUUUUGUUUUUCCAUCUCAUACAGUACGUUCUUGAUUUAUUCAGUGUUUUACUUUAUAUUUACAUGCAAAUCCGAGGAGGACGAAGCUGUUUGAAGGAGUUAAAAGCAGAAAUGCUGACGAGACAGUUACGAGCUUGUGAGAGCUUUAAAUUCAAUUUUUACCAUUCUGUACAUCUCUACAUGUUGAUUCCUGAGGGUCAACUUGUGCAAUUUAUUGUUAUACAUAUAUUUUUGUGUAAACAAGUACAUCUUACUGGAAAAUAACUGUAUAUCCACCUCACAGUCUGGGACUGUGUCCUGCUCACUGGAGCCUGUGUAGCUAACUUUUAUAAAACAUGUGCAGCAUAAAUGAGGUGAAAGUUUAAUUUCACCAUCGUGAAAAAGUUUGAGGAAGGAUUUCCUGAGUCCCAUUUUCCUUUUGCUUUAACCUGAACAAAGAAGCCAAAGAGAGAUGUUUACUGCCUUGGGACCAUUCUCACUGUGCCACAUAAAUAUCAUGUAUACCAGUCAAUUUAUUUCCUUGCGCUAUGUUCUAGGCACUAUUAAUAUCUACUAUGUAAUCCACAAAAAUACGAGAAGGAAAAAUCCAAAUAAGCAGCAUAAAGAAGAUUUUAACGACAUAUUUUUAGUUUAAAGAUGCAUUUGGGAUAAAGACAUUUAGAAUAUUUGAGUCAAGAAAAGAGAAAAGCUGGAAAUAUAAUCCCAAUAUUGUUUUUUACUUGAAUACACAGUCAUGCUGGAGGAUUUUCUCUCUUCUGAGUUGUCUACAAUGCACACAUUGGAAUUAUACCGAUAAAUCCUCUGCAAAUGAGCGUAUCGAUGAAGAAGGUAUUCCAUUAUGAUAUAUACUGAUGUUUGAUUCUCUUCUGUUACUUUUCUAAUAUAUUAAGAAGUAAUUUGGGGAACAUAUUUAUUAAGACCCAGUCCACAGUUAAUAAUUUCUACACAAUAUCUUUGAAGUGCCUUAAGUAGGGACCUUUAACCUCCAGCCUCCUUUAGCUGCUCAGUAACCAGCAGCCUGCACUGGACAGUUCUCAGGUGUUAUUCAGCUAAUGAAUAUUAAAUAUAUUAAAUAUUGAACAUUUCAGCUCAUAAAUGAUUUUUUAAUUCUUAUAUGACUUUAUCAAAACGGCAUUUUAAAAAUAAGGCAAAUGAGAUGUGGCCGUUAUAUCCCCAAGUAUAAGAAUACAGUAUGUUUUCUCUUUAGAAAACAUACUGUAGAUAGAUUUCACAAUAGAUUUUACAAUGACUCGACACUUGAUUUAAUCUCUACUUCCAUGUAACUUGCUGCGGUUUAUCUUCAUCUCAACUGCUCACAGAUAUUAUGCAAGAAGUAGUUAAAUAAGCACUUAAAUAAUAGUUUGUUUCUAAUAGUACCAGUCCUUUUUUUUAUAAAUAAAAAUGUAUCAGCUUAUUAACUUCUGCUCCUACCCAUUCAUUUUAAUCAGCCGAGUUUACUGCAGCAGAAUUAUUAAUUUCGGGUCAUUGCAUCAGAAGCCCUGGGAAAUAAUUGAAUUUAAAGUCAACGUGUGAAAUAUAGUAAACCCACUUGAGGUUCUAGUGCCAUAUUUUCGUGUGGAUGAUUUUAUUUUAAGGCACUUUGACAUUUAUUGGUCACUGUUGGUAAAACAGUGGGACGUUCUGGACACUACACAUUGAAUUUUAGUUGUAGCUUUAAGCACAAUGUUGAAUUACCAUCAAAUGGUUUGGUAAACCUGAAGCUGUAUACGAUUUUAAAACAUGGUUUAAUAGUAUUUAUUUUACUAUUUCUGUAUUGUAUUACAUCACCAUAUUAUAUGUAUAUAUUUCUGCAGAGUGAUGGGUAAUAUUUAGUUUAUUAUGAUUCAAGAAUAAAUUCCAAGUGGAUUUAUAACUCC